UAUAGUUUAUAUGCCUAAUAGUAGAGCGUUGGGAUGCUCUGUCGACAACGUACAUUGGGACACGAGGUUAUAUCAAACUAGACGUCUUUAGUAUCGCUCCCUCAUCUUAACAGCAUCAGCGUGUACGAAUGUUAACUGAACGUAUUCAUUCGAGGAUGGAAAGGUCGCUGUGGAGCAGAUCAACAGCCAAUCAGACUAGGGCUAGGCCUGUAGCGACCACGAGGGCAAGCUUCGUUUGAGCAAAUGUCAUGACGCACGACUUUAUCGGCCUUCAACUCUUCAAGCCUUACGACUGCGUCCACCAUGUCAUAGUGAUUUAUUGCACAUAUGGCUGGCAGAAGGCUUCUCGACGCUGCGAAGCUAUUCAAUGCCUCGAAAGGUGUAGCACGACAGCACCUCAAGCUCCGGUCAGAGCAGUACGAUGCAUACACCAAAACUUCAACCCUCGCAAAGGUUGUCAAAGAUCAGACAGAUCGAAUUACUCUCACGUUGGAGGCUUAUGCAGCUCUGGCUCGCCGUAUGAAUGAAGCCCCUCCGAACUACACGGCUUGCAGCACCUCGGACAUCAAGGAAGAUGAUGGCAUACCCAAUAAGGGUACGAUUCAGGGCGAGAAAGAGUUUGGAAAGCCCAGAGAAGGUCUUGCACAAGACCAUCACUGGGAAAGAUCACAGGAGAACGCAACAGAUAAUGAGCAGCCCCGGGAGGAGCUCAACGUGACCCAAGAGCAGGCUAAGCGGUAUCCCCUCCCAGACGGCACAAUACCUCCAGCGGGUGCAGACCUUCCGGGACGACCUUUCGGAAAAGACAUAUUCAACAAACGGCCAACGCCUGAGCCAUAUAAAGACCCAUUAGCAGAAGAAUCUGCACGUCAAAACGAAGAGCUACAGCCGGUGUCAUCUGGGACGUCCACGAUUCCUACCCCACUGCGAAGCUCGCCGUUGGAGCCUGAUCAUGCCAGGACAGCGCAGAGGCAAUCAGAGAACCAGAUACCUGCUCUCUCAGCAGAGACCCAAGCACCAUCACAGGCAGACCAUGAGCUGUCACAGGACCACGACAAAGACGUCUUUUACUCCAGAUCGACUACGAUAGAGCAAGACUACUCGUCACUGCCAAGAUUAAAGAUACCUAAGAGCUUCGAACAAGGCCCUUCUCCAUCGGAUGAAAUUGCUAGUAGAGACAUCAACUCGGACGUCUUUCAUCGGCCGACAGGUUCGUCAGCGAAGGAGGAGCUGCCAGAGGGUGUAGAUACGGCUGUGUUCCGGACGUCUAAAGUGGCAGAGAUGCUUGGUGGAAAAACACAUGACAAAAGUUCGCCGUAUCAAAGUAACCCGUACAGAGCCAAAGAGGUCGAGAACCGUUCGAGAGCAAGCACUACGUCAGAGAGGCAACGUCGGCCAGUCGUUGAUGAAGAUGAAAUGAGAGCUUUCGCUUCAGAUCUCGCUCAAGAUUCGCAUGAUGCACAAGACUCUGCGCCUGAGGAGCACCUUCAAGCCAACAAACGAUAUCACCUGAGGGAGUCUACAGUCCCCUCAACUAGGUUCGGCCGCCUUUGGCAGUAUGGAGGUCUUGCGACAAGCAUGGCUUUUGGUGCUGUUGGUGAGAGCCUUCGCCGUAUCACAGGAAGCGGAACUGACGGUGGUUCUUUAAUGCUUAGCCCAGCGAACAUGGAGCGUCUUGUAACAAAGCUUUCUCGAAUGCGUGGUGCAGCUCUCAAACUUGGCCAGAUGAUCAGUUUCCAGGAUCUCAAGAUGCUACCAGCUCCUAUCCACGAAGUGCUGCAAAGAGUACAGGACAGCGCCGAUUACAUGCCUGCUUCGCAACGCAACAAAGUACUGGCUGAAAAUCUGGGCGCUGACUGGGAAGCGCUCUUCAGGAGCUUUGAUGAUGUCCCCAUUGCUGCUGCAUCGAUCGGACAGGUACAUCGUGCAACGCUUGCAUCUAACGGCAAAGAAGUUGCCGUGAAAGUUCAAUAUCCUGGCGUCGCCAACUCAAUCGACUCCGACUUGAACAACCUUUCUAUACUAUUGACAGCCUCGAGACUCUUACCGAAAGGCCUGUACCUAGAUAAAACCAUAGCAAAUGCUCGAACCGAGCUCGCUUGGGAGACAGACUACGUGCGUGAAGCUGACUAUCAGAUGCGUUUCAAAGCUCUCCUUGCCGACGACACUGAGAGCUUCAGAGUCCCUACGGUUUACAAAGAGGCGUCGGGCGCUCAAGUCCUGACUGCAGACCUCAUGAGCGGAACAGCCGUGACAAAACAACCUAACCUCAGCCAAUCUCAACGCAACUGGAUUGGUACACAAAUACUUCGUCUUUGUUUGCGUGAAAUCGUCGAGUUCCGCGUCAUGCAGACUGAUCCCAACUGGACUAAUUUUCUUUACAAUGCAGAGUCCGAGAAACUCGAACUCCUGGACUUUGGUGCCUCCCGCGACUAUCCUCGGAAGUUUACAGACCCGUAUAUAAACAUCCUCAUUAAUGCAUCGAAAAAUAACCGCAAAGGCGUUCGUGAUCUCUCCAUAGAGCUGGGAUAUCUCACAGGUCACGAAAGCAAAACGAUGCUUGACGCACAUAUUGACUCAGUGCUGACGCUUGCCGAACCGUUCUCAGAGUCAGGCCCAGAAGUGUAUGAUUUCAGGGACCAGACAAUCACAGAUCGCGUCAGGUCAUUGAUUCCAAUCAUGGUACGAGAGAGGCUGGCACCGCCUCCGGAAGAAACUUACAGUCUUCAUCGGAAGUUGAGUGGUGCGUUUUUGCUUUGCUCGAGACUGGGUAGUCAAGUACCUUGCCGUGCACUGUUUACAAAAGCGGUCGAGACAUUCAGAUAUGGUGGAGGGAUUACGGACGUCUGAAGAUACUUAACUGUAUAAGAAUUUCAUGUGUGGUACCUUCUGUGCAUAUGUAUAUAACAAAAACCAUAUGUUGUAUCAGUAACGAUUGCACCUCUUUAUUACUACAGGUCCAAG